UUUCACAUGUUUGACUCGCUAAAAUAUAAACAAAGACAAAAUUUUGCAAAAUAAUAAAACAAAAUUACCUUCAAACAACGGAAAUCCUUGAAAAAUGUCGUUAUUGAGUCUCAAAGGCAACAUCUUGCUCAUUGGCACGGGCACAAAACUCCUCUUUUUGCACAUGAAUCACGAGACGAAAUCCGUGGAUUUGCAUCGCUUGCAUGACGUAAACAAAGAUGCUCCAUUAAUUCCAGCAAAACCCAUCAAAUUAGCGGUCGACGAGGAAGAUGCGAAAACGGAAGGCACCGAAAUGGAAAAUGGAGGCAGUGAACCGACACUCGAAUUCCGCAUCGGAAUGAUUUUGGCUUCGAGAAACAGUAAAUUUUUGGCUGUGGCAAUGACUGACAAGACUCUUUAUUUGUACGACGUGCUUCCGGAUGCGAUAAAUUUACGUUCGCGUCGAAAAAUUGCGAGAAAUGCGAGUGCGAUGAGUUUUUUCCCCGAUUCGAGCAGUCUUUUAGUUGCCGACAAGACGGGAGAUGUGUUUGUGUUCGAUUGCAUCGACGCCGAAUCGCCCGGAAAAUGGAUUCAGGGACACAUUAGUCAAGUACUCGACAUCCAAAUGAACAAGGAGAUGGAUUUUUUCGUCACAAGCGAUCGCGAUGAGAAAAUCAAGGUCGUUAAAUGGCCCGAACACUGCGAAAUCGAAGCUUUUUGUUUGGGCCACAAGGAAUUUGUCUCGUCAAUCGAGUUUUUUGAGCUCGGCGAGAAAGAAUGGCUUGUCUCGGGAUCGGGAGAUGCCUCGCUCCGCAUCUGGGAUUACACAAAAGGCGAAUGCGCGCACGAAAUUAAGACAAAAUCGCCCGUUGGAAAGCUUUUUGUCGUGCCCGGAGACUAUAGCGAACGUGUACUAAUCGCUGCGUUGCUUCGACGUCCCGAUCAAAUUGAAUUUAUCGAAGUUACGCGUGAUGCCGAAGGUAAAUGGGGUCAUACGACAAUGCACGUCAUGGAAUGCGUCGCAGAUCAUUUCUUGGUUUCCGUGACUUUUGACUCGGAUGGGCAGCAUUUUACGAUUUUAUUCAAGACAAAAGACGAAAAAUUGCAUUUGAAGCAAAUUAUUGUGACAACAUUCAAAGAAGUCAAGCUCGAAACUGUUGAGCAGUUGCUGCAAACGGACUUUAAGGACUUCCGUAUUCAUUACGAGGAUGCACUGGAAUCGUUCUAUAAGAAGGCGGUUGCGAGUGUCGAUCAGUAUGUCGAGAAAAAACGGAAACGCAUCGAAGAGGAAAAUGCCAAAAAGGAAAAACGAACAUAAAAAGUUCAAAAAUCCAACUUCUAAAUUACUAAAUACUUCUAAUGAAAGUCUUAAUAAAAAAUAUUUUUGUAAUGAAAAUAUGAAUUUCUUUAUGAAAAUUUUUAAAUCUUAACAAAAAUUCUAAAGUUUUUAAGAAAUUUUUAUUU